CACUGCUGCCUGCCAGCGCUAGCCAGCAGUGAGUGUGUGUGUGCAUUUUCUCGGAAAAAUCACACGAAAUAUUUUACAGAACCAGUUUUUCCGUAUUCCGUCCGUUUUAUCCCGAUUUCAUUCAGACACAGUAUCGGCUUUUGUUUUGUCCCGAGCCUUUGACUGACGUACCGAAGCAGAGCAGACGAUUGGGCGCCGCGAUUUGUAGAUCCACACUGUCACUCGUCGAUUCUGGUUUGCAUUCGGAUUUUUGUGCCUCGCUAGUCCCUCGCCAACCCAAACCGGAGUCAGUCAGUUUUCUAGCAUCCAUUCAGGGCAAAAGAAAGCACAACUCCAAAAAAUCAGAACAAAUUCAUCAUUUAAAAAAAACGGUGACCGUCAGUACAAAAUUACGUGAAUUAUGGAAUUUGAAGCCCUAGGUGGAAAACAAAUGGAAAAACGAGUGAGAGUGACCACCUUCGUCGUCCAGUUUUGUUAUUGACAAAUCAAAAAAAAGCACUCCGGAAGAUAAUCAUUUUGCAUGCUUUUAUGCAAUUAGUGAUGCAAAGAUACAGAAACGCCUGAAAUUAUGCAUGACUACUAAAACAUGCGCUUGAAGUGUGGCGAUUGUUCCGUUGCUGGGAUGAGGAGGGAAAACAGCCGCUUAUCGAAAGAAUAAAUUGAAUUUAUGUGAAUCUAAAAUGGACGAUCAUCAGCAUCGUACGGGUAGAAGCAAGCAGAGUCGAAAAAGCAUUAUCACUGGCAGCAGUAGCAGGAAAAGCGGGAUUGGUGGUGUGAGAGAAUGUGCCUGUACCAGGAUUAUAUAGAGAGGGAAAAGCAAACGGAAAAACCUAAACGAUUCCAAGUCAGUGCGUGUGUUUGUGCUCGUACAGUGAGUGACGCUGUCCAUGUGUUUCCGUAUCCACAUUCGCUGUGUCCGUGCGUUGUGUUUAUCAACAUUUCAUGUGAGAACCGAAAUCACUGUUUCCACCUUACCCCGCGUGAAGUUCGGUUUCAGUGAAUCGAAAGAAGAGCAUUAGCACACAAACGGCCGGGAGUGCGGGUGUUUAAUACGACCAGAGAAUUAGGUGGAUUGAUGUCCUCAGUCUGGCAACCGAAAAGCUGUGGCUACUUUGAUUUUUACAAGAUCUCACAUUAGCUCGUUGCAAAACGAACAGCCUGGCGGUACACUCUAGUGGGUGGUGAAUGAUUUUUACCGUCCCUACUAUUUUUGGCUUCCACAAGAAACUGCACCAUUCGUCAGAUUGGCUGGAAAUCACAGACCGGGGGGCCCCGUCAAAGUGUCAGUUGUCGGAAGCGGCGGCCCUGGCAGUAAGAUUUGGCGACGAGAACGGAUAGGCAUGACGGAGCCCGAUUCCGACGAUGUGGCGUUUCUUACAGGCGGUGACAGUAAUAGCGGACGUCCCGUGAGGGAAGGAGUCGCCGUUUGCUCACAGAAGCGCGCACUGUGCGUAACAGCGAUCGUGCUGGGAACACUGCUAGCCACCGCUCUGGUGAUAGCAUACGCCGGACCACAGACUGUGUGCCCUUGUGCGGGUAAAAUCCCACCCGGGUAUCUCCAGGACGGGUACAACAGUUCGGAGCCAUUUCUGCCGAUUGCCACCAACGGGCAACCGUUCCCCUGGCUGUUGCUCACGCUGCCCAACAAUGUACGACCGAACCGGUACAUGCUGACCAUUCAUCCCAAUUUGACAACGUUGGAUGUUAAAGGCCAAGUGACGGUGGAGUUCUACGUUGAAAAAGAGACCAACUUUAUUGUACUCCACGCACAGGAUUUAAACAUCACAGAAAAGGCGUUGGUAGGACCAAAAGGAUAUGCACUUAAAAUCUUACGAAUAUUAGAGUAUCCACCUAGACAACAGCUCUACAUUGAGUUGAGGGACAAACUGCGGAAGAAGGCCAACUACACACUCAGCAUUCGAUGGUACUCGAAAAUGAUCACCGAACCUGACGGUUUUUUCGUGGAUCAAUUCGAGACAGAACCGGAUAUUAAAAAAAUUCUGGCAGCGACUGUUUUGCGACCAGGUAGUGCUAGGAAGGCAUUUCCCUGCUUCGACGAACCGCACUUGAGAGCAUCCUUCCGGAUAUCACUGUUCCGGGAUCGGUUCCACAUAGGACUGUCAAACUCGAUCGUACAGGAUACGGACGAUGUUGGGUUUUAUAUGGGUACGGGACUGCUUCGUGAUGAUUUCACUGAGACACCUCCACUGCCACCGGAUUCGAUCGCCUGGGUAAUCAGCGAUUUCAAACGCCAAAUGCUUGAUCCGUCGCCGAUUUAUCAAACCGUUAACGUAACGAAGGAUACUCACAGGCCACUAUUGGAACCGACUAAACCGCCGGCGAAAUUGACAAAGGCCGAGAAGAAACCCUUCCGCAAUCUAACUGCCGUUCUACUGUCUAAGAAUCUUUUCAAGCUGACGAACAAUCAACCAACCACGAAGCCAUCGCCGGGUGCUAACGAGACCACGGCGGGAGGAAUGGGGGGAGCUGUCGCGGAAACCGUUAUUCAGGGUAAUCACACGAAUCAGAACGCAAAUGGAACCGAAAACAAUCACACCAGUGCAAGCGAUGCGCUGGAUAUCAAAACGGCACCAGCUUAUUCCUUCUACGCACCAAAACCGUACGUAGACAAGGGAAGUUUCGUGCUGCAUACAUCGCGAGAUAUUCUGGAGUAUCUACAGCAGUGGUUAGGGGUAGCAUACCCACUGUCCAAGUUGGACUUUAUCGCACUGCCAACACUGAAUGAUGAUCUGACGAGUGCGCUUGGAUUGAUUGUUUGUCGGACGUCAUUCCUGAACUCACCGGAGAACGUCUCAACCAAAGAGUAUCACAUGUCCGUUGUCAAGAUCUCCGAAGGGAUUGUGAAACAGUACUUUGGCGGUUUGAUCUCUCCGAAGGCUUGGAAGCACGUUUGGCUCUGGGAAGGUAUUAUCAAAUAUUUGAGUAGAUUCAUACUGACCCCGAUUCGUCCUUUGUGGCCGAUGAAUGAACUCUUCCUUAUUGAAACCACGACACGAGCAUUGGAUGUCGAUGCUCUGCAGGGUUGGGAGAGUAUCCAAGCGGGGACAACGGAAAGUGGUGACAACGAGGCGUUUUAUAUAGAUAAAUCUGCUUCGAUGUUGGCAAUGCUGCAAUCUGCCAUCGGUGAAUCACACUUCCGUCAGUGUUUGGGAAAAUUUUUGAAAACAUUCAAGUACCAAACAGCGGAACCAGCCGAUCUGUGGUCGAUCUGUGCGAAGCAAGUCAACAACAGUAAGAACGUCAAAGAGAUGAUGAAUUUUUGGACGAAUCUGCCCGGGUUUCCACUGCUGAACGUAACUCGACAAGGCGACGAACUGCACGUCUCUCAAACACCCUUUGCUCCGGCUGAAUUUGUUGCGAUCUACGAUGAUCUGAACGAGGGGGAAAACGGUUCAAUGUCUACUUCCACGACGACGGUCGCUCCGACCGCUGCUAGUGGUAAGGAUAAGAAACGAACUCGCUGGACAUUCCCGAUCAGUUAUGUGACUAGCAACAGCGAGCAGCUGCCGGAAACGAUAUGGUUCAACACGACCGGAACCAUGAUAACCAUCAAUCAUUCGCCGAAAUGGGUAAAGUUGAACCACGAGCAAACCGGGUACUACCGGGUGCUUUACGACGAAGAUAAUUGGGCAAAAUUGGUGGACCAGCUGCACAUCAAUCAUCACAUCUUCAAUACGCAGGACCGCGUCGGCCUAGUCUCGGAUAUCUUCACCCUGUGUCACGCCAACCUGCUGUCGUGUGACUUCGCAAUGGAUUUGAUAUCCUACUUCCCGAAGGAGCAAGAUUGGGGCCCCGUGCUAGUGGGUUUGAAGCAUUUGGAAAAAUGGCGCAAGAUUCUCAAAUACUCCGAAUGCUACCUGGUCCUGGCGGAGUACAUCCGUCAGAAUCUGGCGAAAUCGAUGCAGGAGCUAACCUGGAAUGACACCGGCAAAGAAGAGCUGAAACUGCUGAGACCGACGGUGCUACUGAACGCGGUUCUUUGGGAGGAACCGGAUGCCAUUCGGAAUGCCAAGGAGCUGAUGAACGAUCAGACGAGCAUCCCACCUAACUUGCGAUCAGUGGCCUACAUCGGAUCGGUUCUAUCGGGUGAGAUCCGCUACUGGCAGGACUGCUGGGCGCUGUACAAUGCCAUGCGAAAGGAGAACGAUAUCGGUUCCGAAGAGCGUAUGGAGCUUCUCCGAGCGCUCGGAGUGACGAAGGAUGCCUGGCUACAGAAUCGACUGUUGUCACACGUGAUUACACUACCCGUGGCGGAGAUUGUUCAGGUUUUGGAAGCGAUAGCAGGAACGCCAACGGGUGGAGCGAUGGCCUGUCGGUUCUUGCAGGCGAAAUGGUUCGACUUCCAGUCUAAGCUCGGGAGAGGGAGUGUCGACUUUGCUCGUGUGAUAUCCGCCAUCACACAGUACGGUUCGACCAAGUUUGACUAUGACGAGCUGAAAUCUCUGGUGGAACGGUUCGGAGGUGGACCGGGAAUGAAGAUACUCAACAUGACACUCAGUAUGGUCGCGGCCAACGUGGAAUGGGUCAGCCGUUCACAGUCAUCCAUAUACAACUGGAUCGAGAAAAAGUACCAUUUUUGAUAAGUCAGCGAAGGAUCGCAACAAGAACAACUACAAUCCAACACACACACACACACGACACACAAAAGAAAACAAGAGGAAUUUUACUGAAACAACGCGAAGUUCACAUCAGCAGCUAGGUGUACCGUAGCAGAAAUUGGAGACACAAAACAAUGAUAUACAUCUAUAUUUUUAGUUUUUCUUUUCGAAUCUUUAGACAGAU